CAAGGGUGUAUAGUGGAAUUUCCACAACAUUUCUGGGGAGAAAAACCCCUAGCGAGGUGUUUGUACUUCAUCCGUUUCAAUCACUACACGUUCAGUUUUCCUUUCUGAUUUCUUCUCAAAACCUUCGCUAGGGUUUCGCCAAUUCGAUCCAGCACCAAAUCCAGGGGCUCUGAUAAAGCUCAAUUGUUCGACCUUACAGAGAGAGAGAGAGUUGAAAAGAUAUGGACUUCGACGAGUACGAUUAUCUGGAGAAGACCGUGGAGGAGACCGAGAUAGACGGCUCGGCGUCGAAGAAGAGCAGCAAGGACGGCGAAGAUAAGACGGAGAGAGGUUCCAGGAGGAGAGAGGACGACAGCGGCGACGAGGAUCGGAAGAGCAAGAAAUCUCGAGGAGGCGACGGAGAGAGCGGCGGAAAGAGGGACCGGGACCGGGACGAGAGGGAACGGUCGUCGAGGCAUAGGAGCAGUAGGGAUGGGGAUAGGGAGUUGGACAGAGAGAGGGAUAGGGAUAGGGAUAGGGAUAGGCAUAGGAGUAGUAGAGAGAGAGAAAGGGAUAGGGAGAAAGAGAGGGACAGGGGGUCGAGGGAGAGGGAGAAGGAGAGGGAUAGAGAGAAGGAGAGAGAGAGGGAGAGGAGGGAGAAAGAGAAGGAGAGGGAGGGGAGAGAGAGGGACAAGGAGAAGGAAAGGGAGAGGGAGAGCUCGAGGUCACGGAGAAGUAGAUCGAGGUCGUCGAGGAGGCAAGAUAGCGACUGGGAAAUUCUGAGAGAGAGGGAACGGGAGCUUGAAAUGAGUGAAAGCAGUCAUUUUGGUGACAGGAGAUUUAAAGAAAAGAAAGAAGUGGUGGAGCCUGAAGCUGAUCCAGAAAGGGACCAAAGAACUGUUUUUGCAUACCAGAUGCCUCUGAAGGCAACCGAGAGAGAUGUUUACGAGUUCUUUUCCAAGGCUGGCAAGGUGAGGGAUGUUCGACUCAUCAUGGACCGAAAUUCAAGACGGUCAAAAGGAGUUGGGUAUAUCGAAUUUUAUGAUGCGAUGUCAGUCCCAAUGGCUAUAGCUCUUUCUGGCCACUUACUUCUUGGACAACCUGUGAUGGUGAAACCAUCAGAGGCUGAAAAGAACCUUGUUCAAACUAAUGCUUCAGGUGGCAGUUCAGCUGUGGGCCCGUAUGGUGCAGGCGAUAGAAAACUGUAUGUGGGGAAUCUUCACUUCAACAUGACAGAAUUUCAGCUUAAACAGAUUUUUGAAGCUUUUGGGCCUGUGGAGAUUGUGCAACUGCCUACCGACCCUGAGACGGGACACUGUAAAGGUUUCGGAUUCAUUCAGUUUGCUCAACUUGAACACGCGAAGGCAGCUCAAAGUUUGAAUGGAAAAUUGGAGAUUGCAGGUCGAAUUAUCAAGGUUUCCUCGGUAACCGAUCAUAUUGGAGUGCAAGAUACAGGAGCCAAAGCAGCUGACUUUGAUGAUGAUGAUGGAGGAGGUUUGUCUCUGAAUGCUCAAUCAAGGGCUUUGCUUAUGCAGAAGCUGGACCGCAGCGGUAUUGCCACAAGCGUUGUGGGGUCUCUUGGAGUUCCAAUGCUUAAUGGUGCUGCUUCAAAUCAACAAGCCGUCGCCUUGCCUUUCAAUGGGCAAACUGUAGUUGCUGCCCCAGCUCUUCCUGCACUAGUGACAUCUGUGGCCUUGGAGCCUAUUGGGAAGCCCAGCGAGUGUUUACUUUUGAAGAAUAUGUUUGAUCCAACAAUAGAAGCAGAUCUGGAGUUCGAUCUGGACAUCAAAGAGGACGUGGAGGAAGAAUGUUCGAAUUAUGGUAGAGUAAAGCAUAUCUAUGUUGACAAGAGCAGUGCUGGUAAUGUGUAUUUGCGGUUCGAAACUGUUGAAGCCGCAGCAGGUGCCCAACGAGCAAUGCAUAAUAGAUGGUUUGCACGCCGGUUGAUCUCAGCUGUGUUUUUGCAACCCUAUGAAUACGAUGCCAAGUUUAAAGGUGCAGCAUGAGAGUUCUGAAGGUCAAAUGGUCUCUGAAUUUCUGGAUGUGUCAUGAUUGCGCUGUGAUUAUAUAUAUAUAUUUUUUAUGUUCAGACGAGACAUUUUAAUCUCCUCGAAUUGCAUCACAUAUAAAGAUAAAAGAUCUGUCUCUCCCCUUCGUUGGGUUGGUUUCCAUAGUACUUGAUACUAAAUUCUGUGUAAUUUUGAAAAGUUGUAACUUAGUUAAUUCUCCUGAUCCUAUUUUCUUGGUUUGUGAUUUGGUUCGGUGUAGUCGACAACUUUAGUUGAUUCUUCUGUUUUGGUUCAUUAAUAAGAUGCUGUUCUUUUUAGGUA